ACAUGGCUUUUAUCACGUGAUAUACGUCAGAUAAAUAAAGCGUAAAUGUGAGUCAGCUUGUUAUCAAAAUAAACCUUUGUUAUGUACUUUAAUGGAAUGCGUCUGGAAGUGACGAAGAUUUAGUGCCGUGCAUGAACUGUUUUAAUGCGAUGUGAACGAUAAAAUAUUUUGACGGAAGUGUUGUUAAAAUCGAAUUGCAGUCACAAUGUUGUUCACCACGAAGAAUAAGUGCAAAGAUUCUACCCCUGAUUUUAUCUUUGAUGAAGCUUGUUUAGACGUACUAAACACCCUAAAUGAAACCGUUCAAAUUACGGGACAAUACCGGGAGUGUGAUGGAUGUGAUUUUCAAAAUAUCACAUCCUUACAACCUAAUCAAAAUGUAUCAAUUCUUAUUAAUACAAGAUUUUCUUUGAAUAUGAAAGGAGCAAAUUGCAGUUGGAGUUCUGAGUUGUUAGAACAUUACCGAUACGGCUGGAAUAUUACAGCUAAAUGCCCAGGAAUUUACAUAAAAGAGUCAGCUGAUAACCCAUAUAUUCCGAUAUUAAGUGCUUUUAUAAUCCUUUUUUUAUUUGGAACCAUCUGGUAUAUGAUAAAAUGCAUCUAUAAGUGUACCAAAAAUAAUGCAAUUUGGCAAAGAUACCCAAUUUUUGCAAACAAUUCAGAAAAUGAAAAUUUGUCCCAAAGUUUAAAUGAUAGCGCUCCCCUGGUAGUUGAAAGACCACCAAAACCAUUAAAACACCCAAAUCGUAUAAAAUCUAUUGAUACAUUUAGAGGAAUAUGUAUUGUUAUUAUGAUUUUUGUGAAUUAUGGAGGUGGAAAAUAUUGGUUUUUUAGUCAUUCACCAUGGAAUGGUUUAACUGUUGCUGAUUUAGUUUUUCCAUGGUUUAUUUGGUUAAUGGGAAUGUCUUACACAAUAUCUUUAUCUACCAAACUUAGAAAUGCUGUACCGCGUCGACAAUUAGUUAUUGAAGUAUUAAGACGUUCAGCUAUGUUAGUUUUGUUGGGGUUAAUAUUAAAUUCUCACGGUGAAGUUACUGAAAUUGGAAAAUUGAGAUUUCCUGGAGUUUUACAGCACAUUGGAGUAACUUAUCUUGUUGUUGGAUUGAUUGAAUCUGUUUUUGCUAAACGUUUACAAACUAAUGAAGGGGCUGGAAGAUUUAAUCUAAUUCAAGAUUUAUGUGUUUCUCUCCCACAAUGGGGUAUUAUUGCUUGUUUUGUUAUCAUUCAUACUUGUAUUACAUUUUUGGUGAAUGUUCCUGGUUGUGGUAAGGGUUAUUUAGGUCCUGGAGGACUUCAUGAUCAUGCUAAACAUGAGUUAUGUACUGGAGGGGUUGCUGGAUAUAUUGAUAGAGAGAUUUUUGGUAAUCAUAUGUAUCAAAAACCAACAUGUACAUUUGUUUAUCAAACUACCCAAGCUUUUGACCCAGAAGGUUUUCUUUCAACAUUUACUUCAAUAUUUUUGGCUUACAUGGGUAUUCAUGCUGGAAGAAUAUUUAGCAUGUAUGCAAGUCCUCUUCAAAGAACUGUUAGGUUCUUAAUUUGGGGAGUUGUAACAGCUUUAAUUGGUGGUAUUCUUUGUAAUUUCUCUAAGAAUGGAGGUGCAAUUCCAAUAAACAAAAACUUGUGGUCACUUUCGUUUGUGUUGGUUUUGGGUGGGAUGGCGUUUAUAAUCCAGGCGUUUUUGUAUGUUUUGGUUGAUCUACAACGGAAAUGGGGGGGAAGACCGUUUUUCUAUCCCGGAAUGAACCCGAUUUUCUUAUACGUAGGCCACGUUAUUUUCAAAAAUACUUUCCCAUUUGCUUGGAUUCCGAAUGUUAAAUCGCACUCGGCCUAUCUUGGCAUGAAUUUAUGGGGUACAGCUCUUUGGGUUGCUAUUUCGAUAUUCUUAUAUAAAAGGAACAUCUUUUUCAAAAUAUAGCAUAGCAUCUUGAUAUUCUGCAUCUAUUAUUUUAUAUUGGUAUUAUUAUAUUUGUUAUAAAAUCUUUUGAAAAUAUGACGAACAUAUAAUUAGUUUAGAAUUAGUUUAAAAAAUGUUAUUGGAGGACUGAAUAUUUUGUAGAAAUGCAUUAUGUAUUUAAUCAGUUAUUUUUCAAUAAAUAAUAAUGCUUUGAAGAA